AUGGACGCCUCGAAAUUCGGGAUUUCUUCAAUCCCACUCAACCACGAACCAUAUGGCCCAAUCAGGCCCGAGGCUCUGAAAGGCGCAAACAAGGGCAAAGUGGCUGUGGUCACAGGCGCCGGGAGAGGCAUCGGUCGCGCCAUCUCAGAGAACCUCGCCAACUCCGGAGCGACUCUGGCGAUUAUAGACCUCUUGGCCGAACCUCUGGACGAGACGAAAGUGAUAUGCGAAAAGUACGGGGUCAGAGUCAAGACGAAUACGUGCGACGUUACGGACAUUCCACGUCUGAGAUCAGUCUUGGACGAGAUCGUAAACGACCUGGGACCCAUCGAUGUCCUCGUCAACAACGCUGGCGUUUCACCUGGUCAACCACAAUGGAACGAGAGCUUCGAGCAGUUUUGGAAAACCGUCGAAGUCAACUUUAAGAGUCAUAUGGCAACAAUCUGGCACGUCCUUCCGAGCAUGAGAGAACGCAACUCUGGAAUCAUAAUCGACAUUGCAUCCCGCGCCGCGACCGUCGACUUCCCUUUCGCCAUAGGCUACAAUUCGAGCAAGUGUGCGGACGCCCGUGCCAUCUCGACGCUACAGGAGGAACUCGAUCUCGACAACCUCGACAUUCAAGCCUACGCUCUUCAUCCCGGUGGAGUGUAUACUGCCAUGGCUGCAAAGGAGGUGCGACCUGAAAUGCUCAAAAAGUAUCCUCACUUGACGCAACACGGAACCGAUUUCAGAAAUUUGUUCAAGGAUGGACCAGAGCUCUGUGGUGCCACCUGCGCAUACCUCGCGACUGGCAACGCCAAAGAACUUCGAGGUCUCUACUUGGAUUGCCGACAGGACGUGGAAAGGCUCAAGGCCACAGGGAGGGAAACGAUCGAACGAGAAACCCUGAACAGAUUGACCGUCAAGUUCUUGGAAGGGUACAAAAACGAACCGUGA